AUGGCGUGUCGAGGCAGCGGUUGCUGCUGCGGCGGCGGCGGCGUGGGUCCGCUGAACGAGGACAACGCACGGUUCCUGCUGCUGGCCCUCUUUAUCAUCGUGUAUCUGCUGUGCGGCGCGGCGGUCUUCUCCGCGCUCGAGCAACCCAUGGAGCGCGAGGCAAAGGCGCGGUGGACGCAGAGGUUCGAGCACUUUAGCCUGAAGCACAACCUCAGCAGGAAGGACCUCAGGAACUUCCUGAGGAGCUACGAGGAGGCGAACGUGGCAGGGAUCCGCGUGGACACCAUCCGGCCGCGGUGGGACUUCUCCGGGGCGUUCUACUUCGUCGGUACUGUGGUGUCCACCAUAGGCUUUGGGAUGACCACGCCGGCCACCAUCGGCGGGAAAGUCUUCCUCAUGUUCUACGGCCUCAUCGGCUGCGCCGCCACCAUCCUCUUCUUCAACCUCUUCCUGGAGCGCGUCAUCACGGUCAUCGCCUUCGUCCUCAAGACCUGCCACAAGCGGCGCCAGCACAAGGCCGUGCUCCCGCACGCCGCCCACCACCGCGGCUCCGAGGGCAGCGCCGGCGGUCUGGCUGGCUGGAAGCCCUCCGUCUACUGCGUGAUGCUGAUCCUGGGCGUGGCCGCCGUCGUGGUGUCGUGCUGCGCGUCCCUGAUGUACUCGGCCGCCGAGGGCUGGGCCUACCUGGACUCGCUGUACUUCUGCUUCGUGGCCUUCAGCACCAUCGGCUUCGGGGACAUGGUGAGCAGCCAGCGGCUGGCCUACGAGGGCCACGCCACCGCCGCCUACCGGCUGGGCAACUUCCUGUUCAUCCUGACGGGCGUGUGCUGCAUCUACUCGCUCUUCAACGUCAUCUCCAUCGUCAUCAAGCAAGUGCUGAACUGGCUGCUAGGCCGGAUGGAGGCCGCCUGCCACUGCUGCGGCUGCCUCCCCGGCUGGGGCUGGGGGGGUGCGGGUGGCGGGGUGGGAGGUGGAGGAGGGCCCCACCGCCCCCACCGCCACCCCAGGAGGAACGUGGUGGCCCCGGGGCACCUGAGGGCCAGGAGGGAGCUCUCCAUAGAGACGGACGUGGCCAACGAGAGCGAGACCGACACGGGCCGCCGCAUGUCCGGCGAGAUGAUCUCCAUGAGGGACUUCUUGGCAGCCAAUAAGGUGAAUCUGGCCCUCAUGCAGAAGCAGCUGUCGGAGAUGGCCAACGGACACCCGCGGCCGUCGGGGUCCAGCUCGCGGCAGAACGGCUUCUCCGGUGGUGUCGGGGCCCUGGGCAUCAUGAACAACCGCCUGGCAGAGACCAGCGUGGACAGAUAG